AUGGAUAAGAUAAAUUUGGCGGCAACUAUUUGCAAACUGCAGAUGAAUGAGAACGAACAUUGGCUAAAUGAUGAAGUUUUAAUGCAAUGUGCUGAUAAUUUAAGUGUUUCAAUACAGCUUAUAAGUCAUUUUUUCGGCAUCUCCAAAGAAGAAAGUGAUAAUUUUUUAAAAAAUAUUCAAUGCAAUAGCUCAUCAACAAAUUCCAUCAGUUGAUCAAGCCAAUAA